AUUAAGUCUAAAACGAUUUGUAAAAUGAAAGUAUUCAGUUUCUUAGUAAUUUUAAUUAUUUCGAUAAUUCUGUCAUCAAAGAAUGAGUCUGAAUUGGAUAAUAAAUACAAAUAAUAGACAAACUACUACAACUGUUUCUCCUGUUGUAACUACAUCUACUACUCAAAAAAUUACUACUCCAGCUCCUGUAGUAGAUAAUAACAAAACUAAGACAGCUUCAAUUACGGAAGAUGAAAAAAUGCAGGCAAUUCGUAAUAUUUCAUCUAGUAUUAAUCAAUUUUCCAUUAAAUUACAUCAGGCUAUGGCAGAAAAAACAAAUGGGAGUUUUAUCUCAUCGCCAUUAAGUGCAGCAAUGGUAUAUAUGAUGGCAGCUUAUGGUGCACGGGGUAAAAGUGCAGACGAAAUGAAUUCCAUGUUACAUUUCGAUACCAAUAAUAGUACGUACAACGUAGGCAUAAAUUCGUUGAUUACAAUGUUUGAUACACCCAAUCCAAUAGGAUUUAAAUUAGCAAAUAAAAUAUACGCUGGAAAAGAUCAAGAAAUAAAAUCAGACUAUAAAAGCUUAGUAAAUGAAACAUUCAAAUCAUCAAUUGAAAAUGUUGAUUUUGGACUUUCUGAUGAUACGAUGACGAAAAUAAAUAAUUGGCGUGCAGAAAAACUUCAUCAGCGUAUUACAAAUGUUAUUGAGCCAGAUGAAGUUAGUGCCGAUACUGAACUUUUUUUCAUUAAUUCGUUAUAUUUUUCGACAUCAUGGAAAUCAGCGUUUGAUAAAACACGAAGUAAACAAAGAAACUUUGAUAUCAAUAAGAACGAAACCAUAAAACAAACAGUUAUGUAUAAUACGGAUUUUGUAUCAUAUUAUAUUCAACUUAAAGAAUUAAACAUAUCUGCUUUUAUAAUAGAAUUCAAGCGGGAUUCCAAAAAUGAUGAACUAAUGAAAUUCAUUCUCGUACGUCCAAAUUAUCCAAAUAUAAGCAUUUAUGAUGUCGAACGAAAUUUACAUAAAUUACAAUUAUCUAAUCUUGAUCAUAUAAAAAAUUCAUCUGAUGUAGAGGUUCCAAAAUUCAGAAUUGAGAGUACAAUAAAUUUGAAGGAUAUGUUUAAUCAAUCACAAACAAAUUUUUCCGGUAUCUCAAAACAAGGUUCCGAACUAAAAAUGGACAGAGUAGUUCAAAAAUUGACAUUUGAAAUUAAUGAAUUUGGUAUUGAAGCUGCAGUUCAUAGUGAAGCUUCUUUGGCCAAGAAAACAGAAAAUAAUGGUCCACCAUUUAAACAAAUCCCUGUUUUUACUACAGACCCGUUCGUCCUCCUUAUCACCUAUAAUGACACUAUAAUUUUCACUGGACGUUUUAUCGGAAAAUAAUUUAAAAAUUUUUAUUUGUUGUUCAAUAUGUCAAUAACAUACUAAGAAAUUAAUUUUUUUAUAUUUUAAUAGAAAAUAUUAUAAUACGAGUUCAAUCUAACAAAAAGAAAUUGUUAAUACACAACAAAUAGUUGAAUUAUAAGAUAAUUAAUAAUACGAUUUUCUGUAAUUAUAUCAAUAAAAAUCUUUAAACCUGAAAAGUAAAACUGGAGUAAGACAAUAAGCCCCUGGAUUUAGUAAAAGCAAAUGUAUAUACUCUAAUACUACCCAGGAGAAUUAUUCUUGUUGGAAAUUCUAUUGUUUCAUAGUAAAACCGAUCUAUGUUAGCCUCUAAACGUAAAUUCAAAUAUACGAAAAAAAUGAGAUUCAAAAAUAUAAACAUUCGUAUAAAAAAUGUAUUUUAUUUUUUCAAAUAUUCGGAUGAUUUUUCUACAUAUCCAGUAAUUUGGAAUAUAAUUAUUGUAAAUUUUAUUAUGAUCAUUCUGAAUAAAAAUGAUACCGCGUACAAAUCUGUAUUCAAUGACUCCCGUACUUAUUUAUAAAAUUAAAAAAAAAUUUUUUAUUGUUCUGUAUGCAUACGUGUAGAUCGAAUUGAUCAAAUAAAAGACAGAAAAAACGUAGAGACGAAAACCAUCCGCUUUUCUGUUCUGUCAGUGAAGAGGAAAAGGAAAGAAUGGUUAGUAUUGGCUUCAUCCAACAGCAAGUAACACAUCAAUAUUAAAAGUAGGGCGAUGUAAACAGUUUAUAUAUAUGCAUAUACAUUUAUAUUAUAUAAUAUACCAGGACAUGAUAGAAACCCGAAAAAUAUUUAUUGCAUUUUUUUUUCUCAUGCAGUAUUUUUUUAAAUUAUUUCAUUGUUAUUGUUCAUUUAAUUGGAGAAACGCUAUCAUAGCAAUGAAACAAUAUUAGUGAUAAAUUUAAUAAGUAUAGCUGGUACGUAAAUAAACAACAGAACGUAAACGAUCUUCUAAAAAAUUAAAAAAAUUGUUAAAUACAUACUUUUAUAUUUAUUUUUCAUAGAAUGGGUAAUUUUAUUAG